UGGCUUUCGUGGUGAGGGUGUGGAGAAAAAGGACAACCCCCAGGGCUCUGGCCCUCGGGGUGGAAGGAUGGACGUCAGCGCCCCUCGCGGGGGCGCGAGAAUGUCACGGGCUGGUCUGGGACAGACUGAACUGACGCCCUGAAGACGUGCAUACGCGGGCGUGGUUGUGCUGUGCUCUGUUGUGUUCAGGCUAUGAGUCUGGGUUUCCGCUUCCCUCCCGGGUGCGGGGCGCGAGGGAGCAACACCGAGCUUUGUCCUCGUCGCCGUCAUGUGGCCCCCAGACCCGGACCCCGACCCGGACCCCGAGCCCGCUGGCCGCUCCCAGCCCGGCGCGGCGGUCCCCGGGCUCCGAGCCCUCCUGCCCGCGCGCGCCUUUCUCUGCUCGCUCAAAGGCCGCCUCCUGCUGGCGGAGUCGGGUCUCUCCUUCAUCACCUUUGUCUGCUAUGUGGCAUCGUCAGCAUCUGCCUUCCUCACCGCGCCCCUGCUGGAGUUCCUGCUGGCCCUCUUCUUCCUCUUUGCUGAUGCCAUGCAGUUGAAUGACAAGUGGCAGGGCUUAUGCUGGCCCAUGAUGGACUUUCUACGCUGUGUCACAGCAGCCCUCAUCUACUUUGCCAUCUCCAUCACAGCUGUCGCCAAAUACUCAGAUGGGGCUUCCAAAGCGGCUGGGGUGUUUGGUUUCUUUGCCACUAUCGUGUUUGCAAUUGACUUCUACCUGAUCUUUAACGAUGUGGCCAAAUUCCUCAAACAAGGAGGCUCUGCAGACGAGACCACAGCCGACAAGGCGGAGGAGGAGAAUUCUGACUCCGACUCCGACUGAAUGGCAACCUGAGCCACGCGGGCCUGCGCUCCCGCACGUCGGACCGGCAGGCCGGACCGUGGCCUGGGGACCGGGGGUGCUGCAAGGGCGGCCAUGAUGUCUGGAGCAGCAGCAGGAGUUGCUGACGGAGCGGGCCUCCUCGCGGCUUCCAGGUGCCACUUCUGAGCCCAGCACGCAGGAGGCGGCCCUCGGCUUAGCGCAUCCAACCACUCUGCCCAGGAGGCCGUCUGUCAUGAAUAGUCAGCCACCCCUCCUCUCUGUUCCACAGACAUUAAGCCCUUUAACCUCUCUGCCAAAAACAAGCACAAAGGGACAAAGCAGACAGAGCCUUGUUACCCCCUCACAGGAAUACUUCACUCCAAGGGGGCGGGUGGGAGUGACGGGACAAGGCACAAGUAAGACAGAAACCACCCAGGGGCCAACCACCAGCCUGCCUGGCCCCGGUGCCCCGUCUGCAUCUGGUGCUCCUGCUCAUUCCAGGCGCUUUGUCAAAAACGGUCCUUCCCAGACACUCCGGUUCAAGGAGCACCACAUCCCUCGUCCUCCUUUAAGCAGGGAGAACACCGCUCUUUGCCCUUAACUGACACUCUCAGCCUUGGAAGCCGUGUCUCCUUCGGGCGGCCUGACUAUUCCGGGCCUGAGACUGUUUUAAAGAAAAGCUGGCCAAGUGGCUUACCGGCUCCCAAAGACAGAACAGCAGGGACAGCGUCCUGGGCAGCUGGGCAGGCCCAGCCGAGGCUUCUCUGUCCCUGGGGACCCGCCAGCAGGCGACAGGUUCUUGGGCGCUCAGGACAAUGUACUUCUAGACGCCAGAGCAGGUCUCCUGACCACCUCCUGAGAGGUGGAGCGUGCCUUCUGUGUCCGCCUAAGGACCGGUGCUGCAUGCAUAUCCUUAGUGGGACUUAGUAACUUUGUAUAUUUUUUACACAAAAGCACCUUCUUAAAUAGCAUUUCCUGUGACCCAUGAGGCCUUAUGAAAUGAGCCAGAGUUCUGGACCUGUUUGGGGGCAUUUGUAACUUUUGUUCUUCUCUUGCAUGUGAAUCUCCUACCCCGAAAAAAAAGCCAAAAUGAAUUAAACCAGACUGACUACGUGC